CAUCGUAAACAUCUCGUGACAUAUCUGCCGAGUCUGACUCCGAAUUUGAUAAUUUCUUCUGAAUUUAUUGACAGCUGUUUUGUCAUUGAGAUUUUUUCCUGGUGAUCUUGAUAUCGAGCUCCACAAGUCAAGUAUGUCAGCUCCACCUCUAUAUGCUGGAACAACAAGUAAACCACCUCCAUAUACUCAACUAAAAGAUGAAGGUCCUCCUUCGUAUGGAUCAAUUGCUCAACAUCCUAGUUACCCAGGAGGACAACCACCUGCUACCGGCUACCCCCCACAGGCAGGUUACCCACCCCAAGGUGGUCCCCCGCCCCCACCCAAUGGAUCUCAGUACUACCCACCCCAACAACCUGUAGUAGCUCGACAGACCACCUACACAACACAAGUAGUGGUGGUUGGGGGUUGCCCCGCAUGUCGGGUCGGUACCCUGGAGGAUGACUUCACGCUUCUUGGUGUCUGCUGUGCCAUUGUCUUCUUCCCUCUCGGUAUCCUUUGCUGUUUGGCCAUGAGACAAAGAAGGUGCCCUAACUGCGGUGCCACGUUUGGAUGAUGCAGUUUUGCAGAACUUCGAAUGAAACCUGUAAUUGUCGUUGAUUGAUCAAAUCUUGUAUUAAAUCAACAUCACUCUUCAGCUUUAUUGAAAUGUCAGAUUUGGUUUAUAUUGAAAACUGAAAACAAAAUUGAUGUUUUUAUUUUUUUAAAUAUGUGUACAUUGUGGGCCCUACUGCAAGCAAGUUUUGAACGUUUGUGCAUGUAUGUAUGUUUGAGGAGUGAAACUUAUUCAUUAAACAACAAGUUCAUAAUUUGUGUAAUUUACUUUUACAUUUUACAUUUAUAAAUAUAUAAUCACUAUUGAUAAAUAGCCUGGGGGAGGCCACUUGCAUUGACGAGUGGAUACCAUAUGCGCAACCAAAAAACAUGUAAAAAGGACGUACAUAAUGUAAUAAGGGUGUCAAAA